GCCAGCCAUUCUCCAAUGUCACUGAUCAAUCACAAGGGGAACAAGGAGAGAGAAAGCACAACUACUUGGACCAGAUCCUCCAAGGCUGCUUGUAACACUGGUGGGAGCACCCUGAUGUUCUCCUUGGGCAUGAAUGCUGAUGACACGGUAUUCCGGUUUGAGACUCCCGGCAGCCCGAGAAAGACAGGCCCCGAGGCCCCGCACAGCUCCACAGACAGCCCCGGCUCUGUGUUUCUCAGCUCCGAGGCUGAGAAUGGUGUGGAGGACAAAAAGAAGAUCUGCAAGUCGCCAACAGCCCAGUCCCCUAGCCCAUCCAAUGAGGCCGAGUCCUCAGACCAGAAGAGACUCCUUUCCUUGCGGUCAAAAUCCAGUUUUGAAGGUGCCUCUUUAGGAAACGAUAAGAAUGACUGUAAAACAGAGAGCAAAAAUGAAUCUAAGAUGGACAGGAAAAAGUAUUCGUCUUCCAGCCAGUAUAAGGCAAAUAUGCACUUCCACAAGUUGUUUCUUGACGUCCCAACUGAAGAACCACUGAGGCAAAGUUUUACCUGUGCUCUACAGAAAGAGAUACUAUACCAGGGGAAGCUCUUUGUAUCAGAAAACUGGAUUUGUUUUCAUUCCAAGGUCUUUGGAAAAGAUACUAAGAUCUCUAUUCCAGUCUUCUCAGUCACCCUAAUAAAGAAAACCAAAACUGCCCUUCUGGUGCCAAAUGCCCUGAUUAUAGCAACAGUCACAGACCGGUACAUAUUUGUCUCCUUACUCUCCAGAGAUUCUACUUACAAGCUACUAAAAUCUGUGUGUGGACACUUAGAAAAUAUGAGCGUCGGGAACAGUCCCAACCCAUCUUCUCUGGAAAACAGUUUCCGGGCCGACCGCCCUUCCUCUCUGCCUCUGGAUUUCAACGAUGAAUUCUCAGAUCUGGAUGGAGUGGUUCGACAAAGGCGGCAAGAGAUGGAAGGAUACAGCAGUUCUGGCUCUCAGACUCCUGAAUCUGAGAACUCCCGAGAUUUCCAUGUGACGGAAUCCCAGACAGUUCUGAAUGUCUCCAAGGGAGAAACAAAACCAGCUCGGGCAGAUGCCCAUGUGAAUAGAGUGCCUGAAGGAAAAGCCAAGAGUCUCCCUGUACAUGGUCAGUCAGAAACCAUUGGAGUCUUACACAAAGUCAAGUCUCAGACACGUACAACUCUGCACCAUAUUCUUAUAUUUUACGCAAUUGUGGUCUGUGCACUAAUCAUCUCCACCUUCUACAUGAGAUACAGAAUUAAUACUCUGGAAGAGAGGCUGGGGUCACUAACCUCCAUUGUGGACACUCAUCACGAACAGACAGCACCAUCCGGCCUGGGGUCACAAGUACAAUUAAAUGUGGAAGUCCUCUGCCAGGAGCUCACGGCUAACAUAAUCAAAUUAGAAAAGAUACAAAACAACCUACAGAAGCUGCUUGAGAAUGGUGACUGACAGACUGGAUGGUUGAGACCAACAUGAUACCUCGUGCUUCCCUUUGAAGAGAAGAUGCUCCCCUGGACAUUGUUGUGGCGCGCUCCCUGCUGGCCAGAGGAGCGAUGGGCAUCCCCAGCCACGUCCGCACUUGGAGGUCUCCAGCUCAGGAAAGGGGGGAAGGGGGAGGAAUUCUGGUUCCUGUGCAAUAAACAUUGACCCUGACUCUGAGGAGGUUUUCAGUGCUGCUGCCUGAAGAAAACAGACCCAUCUCUGUAAGUCUCAGGAAGGGUCUGGUGGACACUCUCUCGGAUGAUUGUGGUUUCCACAGUCAUCAUGACUGUGUCAGCAAACACACUCCACUCCAUGCAUUUUUAGUCCUUUCCAUGCUACUUUUCUCUCCUUUACACCCCCCCUGAACCAACCUUCGAACUAAGGGAUAGAUCUCAUGCCAAAAACUGGAUACUGUCCUUUCGAGAAUUAGCCAUGACUCUCCAAAACAGACUUGCCUCUGACAACACCAGCAGCAUUUUUUUUUUCUUUCCUGCCCCUUCUGCUGUUCUCUUGUGCUUUAAAUCACCCUGUGUAUCUUCUCAAGUGAGUACGGGCAAGAAUAUCACAGAGCAGAUUAAAAAUACCCUGUUUAUGUUUUGUUGUGUUCCUAUAACUAAUACUAAAUUGGACUGAUCAUCACACCCACCCCAGAUCCAGAAUCUGUGACACAUGCAACUUAAGUAUUAAAUUAAACUUACUCUGAGACCAAAACUAAUCUUUCUUUAAACCAAAAAGUACAAUAUGAUUUGAUACUGGAUGAAAAACUGACUUUUUAAGUUUACAGGACUCUUAGUUUUGAAAAACAGGAUGCCCAUAUGGAAUGCUGAAACGCCUCUUAGCAUGACAAAUGCCUGCUUCUCUCUCUUGUUGACUAAAGAAGUAACUGGUGGUCUGCUAACUUGUAUUUAACGUAUCGGUUGGCUGGUUUUUAUUAAUUAUUUAGAUACCUUAAAUCUGUAAUAUAAAUGAUACUGUUUCUAUUGGCAAUGCAUUUUAUAAUCAUUUCUAUGAAAUGUACUUUGUUUAAUCAGAUAAGCUAAUAAAUGAAUUGGUUACAUCAUUUAUAUUUGUUAGCCUGCUGGACAUGAACUGUGCCUGGUGCACCCCCUGGCUUUUAAUAAAUACUCAUUGGUUAAAUCCUU